CCCAGAUCAAUGUGAGACCGGUCUGCAAGCCUGCUACCCAAGAAACACACAAAUAACACACUACAGUCUCCAAUACACUCUGUGGAUACUUUGCUGAAAUGGUCUGAUUGUGUUCUCAUUAUGAGCCAUUGCAGGUCCCGAUCAAUGGCCACCCCCCAAAGGAACAUCUAUAAUUGGAUGCACUGCAAAUCCCUCAGCAGGGUCACAGUAUCAUUCCUCCCACACACUUCUCUUUUAUCUCUUUCCCAUUAUUACCAACUACAGAAAAAGUCAAAUAACAGAGUUCGUCUUUUUUAUUUUUAAUCAAAGGUGUAAACCUAGCUCUCUCUUACACAUAAAUAUAAAGGUCUCUCAUGUUUUAUGUUCUCAGAAGAACUCAUAAUAGCGCUCUGCAAGAGUCACUGUUUGGGUUUAAGUAAAACCCUUGUCUUAAAAUCACCUUUUAACAUUCUUACACAAGCACCUAGUUUCACAGACAAGGCUUAAGCCUAGUCCCAGACUAAAAUGCAUAUUUGAGCUGAAAGUAACUUGCACUGACAUAUCUUAAGGUGUCACUGCCAUUGUAUUGUCUCAAGAUGCACACUAGUAAUGUUUUUCUGUAAGGCACAUUUAUAAAAGUUACUUUAAAUGUCCUACUUGAACUAAGUUCUAAUCCUGGCUUAAUCUAAGCCCUGUCUGUGAAACCAGGCCUUUAUGUCCUCAUUAUUUCUGAAAUAACCGUUAUAGUCUCUAUAGUAUCAUAGCUGUUGAAAUGCAUGCAUAGAGUGCCCUAGGGGUGUGAACAUCUAAUUUAGAUGCACCUCUUUGUUAUUUUCAGACUCCCAAGAUGCUUUGCUGUCUGGAGCUAUCCUGAGGUGGCCAAUGCCUUCGGCUCUCUUUGACGUGCCGUGGUGGCAGGCGCUCUUAAACUCCACCCUCACCCUCAAUCAAAGCAACAGUAGUUUGUUCCUGCUUGACGUCCCCUGCUGGCAAUCAAGCGCCAUGACACUUACAUUAGUGUUAUGCUACUGCCUGGUGCUUCUUUUGGGCUUGCUUGGUAACAUCCUCCUCAUUUGCAUUAUUAUGCACCAGCGGGACCCUCCUAAUGUCACUAGCAUCCUCAUUGCCAACCUUUCAGUUUCUGACAUCCUGGUGAGUGUGUUCUGCCUUCCCUUCACUGUGGUUUACACUCUUAUGGAUCACUGGAUCUUCGGUGCACUGCUAUGUCGCCUAAUGCCAUUUGUACAGUGCGUGUCGGUGACAGUUUCAGUUCUGUCUCUGGUUUUGAUCGCACUUGAAAGGCACCAGCUCAUCCUGCAUCCAUCAGGCUGGAAGCCGAGCGUCCCACAGGCGUACAUAGCUGUCUUGAUUGUGUGGCUGUUGGCCUGUGUAACAUCAUUACCUUUCCUGGCAUUCCACUUGCUCAGCAGCGAGCCAUACAGUCUGCUUCCUGCGCCGCUUAGCCAGCUACAGGCGUGUCUGGAAGUCUGGCCUUCUCAGCAGCACAAACUAGUCUACACCACAAGCCUGUUACUAUUCCAGUACUGCUGCCCGCUGCUCAUCAUGCUUCUCUGCUACCUUCGCAUCUUCCUGCGGCUGCGACGCAGACAACGCAUGCUGGAGCGCCAGUGCAGCCGCAAUCGAGAAGACGAACAUAGGCGUGUGAUACACAGCAAACGCAUAAAUGUUAUGCUUGCCACUUUGGUGGCUGCAUUUGCUGUGUGCUGGCUCCCAUUAAAUGCUUUUAAUGUGGUGGCGGACUGGCACCAGGAGGCGUUGCCUGUGUGUUACCACAAUCUGCUGUUUUCACUCUGCCAUCUGCUGGCCAUGAGUUCCACCUGCAUCAACCCCAUCAUCUAUGGCUUCCUCAACAGCAACUUCCGCAAGGAUGUGGCCUCUGUGGUGCUACACUGCCAUUUUCAGCCAAUCGAAGACAACUAUGAACACUUUCCAAUGUCCACCAUGAACACUGAUGUGUCACGGACAUCUUUUAGACUCAGAAACAAUUCUGUGUAAUUGGGCUUAUUGCUCCAGUGACAGAUGCCAGCCCUAUAUAUACAUAUACAUAUAUAUAUAUAUAUAUAUAUGUGUGUGUGCAAAUACGAUUGAAUGGUGUGGAUUCUGAUUGGUCCAAGGAAGGAAGUCAUAACUAGAACCCAUUUGAUUUCUCAGGAUUGAAUCCUUUUAAUCUCCUUGUUGUAAUAUUGAGGUAUGUAAUGCACACUGAUUAUAUUUUAGAUUUUACUCUGCUAAAUCUAGUAGACUAAGGGAAAAGCAGCAGAUGUUUUCUAAGCUAUGUAGCUUUUUUUCAACUCAAACACAAUGAAAGCUCAAGGAAUUUAUUAGUUGAAGGCAACACUUGCAUUUGAAACAUUAUCUCUUCUUCCUUGAGGCACAGAGCUAAGUUUGGAGGUACUGCCAGUGUACAAAUGCCUGGAAAUUGCAGCUAGCUAAGCCCUAAUGUUAAACCUAAUGCCUAGCGUAAUAGAAGCUAAAACCCCCAAUAAAUCUGAAUAUACCUGUCAGCUUAUAUUGUCAAGCUGCAGCCUAAAAGGAGAAAACUGACAAUAUCCACCGGACAAACAAAACUGGGCUGGAGUUUUUCAUUCUGCUGGGGCUUAUUUUUGUGACUCAUCCUUCCAAACAAGCGCACACACAAAACCAACACAAAGCAGCAUUUUUUUUUAUAAGAUACAUUGUCUAAAAUGUACUAUCAAAUAUGUAGUUUUUCAGAAAAUGUUAACUAAUAUUGUACAACAUUUAAACUAAAAAAGAGCAUUAAAUGGAAUUGGAGAAAGAGAUGUAAAAGUCAUCUUCAUAAGCAUAUGUGUUUUCUUGUGAAAUACACAAAAUUAAUAUCUGUUCAGAAUAGACCCUUUUCACAUUUCCGGGUUUCUCAGAAGACACCCUCACAGCAGCGUUAACUAGUUUUUUGUAAUUUGAUGCAAAGGUAUAAUACUAAGUAUAGUGUUAUAAAUGUACAUAUGUUUUUUUAAAAAUGAAAAUAUAAAAAACUUUGCAGGAUUUACGAUAUUGAUGACCAUUAAAACGCUUCAUCACAGUCUAUGAAAAGGGUCUAUGUUGAUCUGGUGUCAGGCCCUAUACAGUUGAGCUCAAAAGUACAUAAGAGAAAAAGUACAUACCCCUUGCAGAAUCUACAAAAAUGUUAAUCAUUUUAACAAAAUAAGAAGGAUCAUGAAAAUUGCAUGUUAUUUUUUUAUUUACUUUUAUUUUUUAUUUACUACUUAAUAAAUUGUUUACAUAAAGUCCACAAGACAAAAAAAUAGCAGAAUUUAUAAAAAUGACCCCAUUCAAAAGUUUAUAUACCCUUGAUUCUUAAUACUGUGUGUCAUUACCUGGAUAAUCCACGACUGUUUUUUUGUUUUGUGAUGGUUGUUCAUGAUUCCCUUGUUUGUUCUGAGCAGUUAAACUGAGCUCUGUUCUUCAGAAAAAUCCUCCAGGUCCUGCAGAUUCUUCAGUUUUCCAGCAUCUUCUGCAUAUUUGAACCCUUUCCAGCAGUGACUGAAUGAUUCUGAGAUCCAUCGUUUCACACUGAGGACGACUGAGGGACUCAGACAAAACUAUUACAAAAGCUGCAAACAUUCACUGAUGCUUCAGAAGGAAACAUGAUGCAUUAAGAGUCAGGGGUGAAAACUUUUGAACAAGAAGUUGAUGUGCAAGUUUUUUUUAUUUUGUUUAAAGAACAUAUUUUUUCAUUUAGUUCUGCCCUUUUGAAGCUACAAAAGAUACUUACAUGUUUCCCAGAAGACAAAAAAAGUACAAUUUAUUCUGUUCAUCCAAUUCAAAAAGUUUACAUCCCCGACUCUUAAUGCGUCGUGUUUCAUUCUGGAGCAUCAGUGAAUGUUUGAACCUUGUUUAAUACUUGUGUUUGAGUCCCUCAGUUGUCCUCAGUGUGAAAAGACGGAUCUCAGAAUCAUACAGUCACUGCUGGAAAGGGUUCAAAUAUGCAGAAGAUGCUGGAAAAGCAGGACCUGGAGCUCAGUUUAACUGCUCAGAACAAACAAGGGACUCAUGAACAACAUCACAAAAAAAAACAACAAAAAAAAAACAGUCGUGGAUCAUCCAGGUAACCACACAGUAUUAAGAAUCAAGGGUAUGUAAACUUUUCAAAUUCAGCAAUUUUUUUGUCUUGUGGACUUUAUGUAAACAACUGUUAUGUGAAAUAGUUUAUUCAGGACAGUACUAAAUAAAAAAUAACAUGCAAUUUUCAUGAUCCUUCUUAUUUUGUUAAAAUGAUUCACAUUUUUUCUAGAUUCUGCAAGGGGUAUGUAAACUUUUGAGCUCAACUGUAGCUCAUCUGUCUGUCACAUAAAGACAUGAUUGAUGAGAGUAAUAAUUUUGUAUGAUAAAGGGGCUCUGGUAAAAUACAUCAGUUUAUUUUCAAGUGCAUUCCCAAUAGAUCCACAUCUCAAGAUUACACCCAUUACAUGACAUGGACAGUUGUAACUUAAUCAUCUAGGACUGAGUGCUUGUAACCUUGCCAGGCAGAACAUCCUUGUCAGUCCCUGGGAAAGGUCGCCGUGAUUUUGCCAAGUAAGACAUGUUCCUGGAUCAGCGUCUUUUGUUGAUCCUGGAACAACAAUCCUGUCCAAAAACAUAGUUCUAACCCCAUCCCCACCCCUAAACCUAACCCUACCCAUAACUUAUCCCUAAAAUCAGAGGGAAAUGAUAGGUGAAUAACACUGACGUAGAAGCACCUACCCCUGGUUGUAAGCCUAAACUUGACAUUAACUGUAAAGCCAUCCCUCAAAUCUGAUUGUUUGAUUGGAAUGUUGUUCCAGGAUAAACAAGGAUGUUGAUCCAGAAACAUGUUUUAUUUGGUAAAAUCAGAUUAUCCAAGCAGGUCUCAUAUUUGAAUGCAUUCAGCAGCAAGAUUGUAACUGCUCAAACUUCUCUAGACAAUUUUUAAUGCCUGAACUGAAUGUGACUGUGUCUUAUUUUAGUGUUGUAUAUUUUCAGGUUUUGUGAAACAUUAUAAAUGUUUACUCUUCUGUUCUGUAUCUGUGUAAUGUCAUAUCCAUGGGUGGAACAUCAAUAAAUCUCUUUUAUGGGCAAUUGGGGUGAUACCAAAUGUUGUAAAAUAGAAAAGCAGAGAUUUAGAGGGAGAAGUAAAGAGAGAAGAGAGGAUAGAUGAGUUUAAUAUGAAUUUUCCUGGAACGGUACAAUUGGCUUAUGCUAUAAGGUUCUCACUUGUGCAUCUGUUUGCCUGUAUUUCUUCACUAUACUUAUAAUUGUUUUGAUGCUAUUUAUUAUUUGUAAAUGUGAUAGAAAGUCAGCACAUAAAUAGGUUAAAAUGAUUGGCUAUUGCAAUGUAUUUUUAAGUUUAUAUUAGAUCUGAUGUCAUGCAUGCCUUGAUGUUGUUUUAGCACUUUAUCUAAUGGCCAGGAAUUAUACUUUCAUUUAUUUUUAUAGUAAGAUUUAAGUCAGCAAGUUUUUAAAUCAGCCAUGCAUGCACACUACUUCAAAAAGCAAUUUUUUUUUUUUUUUUUUUGGCAGCAAAAUAAGGUGUAGGCUGUGUACAAUUUAUAGGGAUGGAUAAUAUUUCUGAGAAUUCACAAACUAAACAUCAGCAAUUGUAAUCUUCACAUGGACUAUUUCAACCACUGUCAUGAAUGUUUGUAAAACAUUUUUCAUUCCUCUUGAAAACUGUUCUAGGUGCUUAAAUUGAUUUUCACUAGUUUUCAGUUGUUUGGAGUUUGACUUUCAUAGUAGUCUGACAUUUUACAUGGUGUGAUUAACUGUUCAAUUUUAAAACGUAUUUGUUUUAAACAAAAAAUAUUCAAAUAUUCAUCAUAUUCAUCAUUAAACCUUGGCCCUUUCACCCCCUUCCCUCAUCGGGAAUAAAGUAAACUCAGCCUAAAAUCAGCCUAGCUUACUGUGUCCUCUUCUAUAGAG